UAUGCGGGCUCGGCGGCUGCGGGUAACGUAGGGCACCAUGGCAGCACAGCACCAUCUCUAUGAUGCCGUUGUGAUCGGGGCUGGCAUCCAGGGCUGCUUCACUGCAUACCACCUGGCCAAACACAAGAAGAAGGUCCUCUUGCUGGAGCAGUUUUUCCUACCGCACUCCCGAGGCAGCUCUCAUGGGCAGAGCCGGAUCAUCCGCAGGGCGUACCCUGAAGACUUUUACACCAACAUGAUGGACGAGUGCUACAAGAUGUGGGCCCAGCUGGAGCACGAGACCGGGACCCAGCUACACAGGCAGACGGGGUUCCUGCUGCUGGGAAUGAAGGAGAAUCCAGAGUUGAAGACCAUCAAGGCUACUCUGGCUAGGCACGGGGUGGAGCACCAGUGGCUCCAACCUGAAGAGCUGAAGCAGCAUUUUCCCAACAUGCGGCCAGCAAGUGGAGAGACGGGCCUCUUGGAUGAGUCUGGAGGGAUCCUCUAUGCUGACAAGGCACUCAGAGCCCUCCAGAAUGCAAUUCAACAGCUAGGAGGGAUAGUGCGUGAUGGAGAGAAGGUGCUGGAGAUCAAACCAGGACAACCAGUCACAGUGACAACACCUUCUGGGAGCUACCAAGGCAAGAGCUUGAUCAUCACUGCAGGCCCUUGGACCAACAGGCUCCUCCGGCCCCUGGGAGCUGAGCUGCCUCUCCAGACACUGCGGAUCAAUGUAUGUUACUGGCGAGAGAAAGUUCCUGGGAGCUAUGGUGCAGCCUUUCCGUGCUUCCUGAGCCUGGAACGCAGCCUGGGUCCCCACCACGUGUAUGGGCUGCCCUCUCGAGAGUACCCAGGGAUGAUGAAGGUCUGCUAUCACCACGGCAACAAGGCGGAUCCAGAGGAGCGGGACUGCCCGGAGUGCCCCUCUGACAUCCCGGAUGUCCAGAUCCUGCGCGACUUUGUCAGCAAACACUUACCAGACCUUGAGUCGGAACCUGCCAUUGUAGAACGCUGCAUGUACACGAACACUCCUGAUGAGCAUUUUGUUCUUGACCGACACCCAAAGUACGACAACAUUAUCAUUGGUGCUGGAUUCUCUGGGCACGGAUUCAAGCUGUCCCCUGUGGUGGGGAAGAUCCUGUAUGAAUUAAGCAUGAAACUAACGCCUUCCUAUGACUUGACACCUUUUCGAAUCAGCCGCUUCCCUAGCCUGGGAAGAGCCAGCCUUUGAUCCUGGGCAGCAGCCUCUUCUGUGCCCCUGAGCUGAGAAGGAAUCGCAGAGGAAAGAAGUGGAGAGAGAGUCUCAGAUGAAGCAGAGUGACAACACGCUCUUUCUGCUUCUCCCGAGCUCCCUGCAAAUAGGAAUGAUUGAAUCUCUCUUCCCUCCCUUGUCAGCUCCUCGGUCCCACACUUUGCUUUCAGAAGGUCUAUCAGAUAUUCCAUAAUCAUAGAGUAAUGAAGCCCUUAGAGAUGGCGAUGAAGCUCCUUCUCUCUCUCUCUCUCUCUCUCUCUCUCUCUCUCUCUCUCUCUCUCUCUCUCUCUCUCUCCUCUCUCCUCUCCUCUCCUCUCCUCUCUCUGUGUAUAUGUGGUGGGGAUCACAUCAGCAGUUCCAGCUUAGUGCUUGGGAUUUGCUAUCAGAGCAUCAGACUGGGAGCCCCUGUGUGCAAAACAUGCAGUCUAGUCCUUUGAACUAUCUCCCUGACCCUGAGGUGAAUCUCUUAAUAAGAAGGGGCAUAAGGAGUGGCCAGGAGACCAGAGCAGUGAUCUGAGUGGUCUCUGGGGCAGGGCUGUGGCUCAGGGUAGAGUACCUGCCUUGUAUGCUUGAAGCCAGGAUCUCCUUAGUUCUGUCGGGUGCCAUUCUUGGCUUGGCCCAUCUAACCCUCAGUUCUAAAACCAAGUCUGUACCCCCUUGGUGAAUGGCAACCACAAAGAGAAGUGGAAAACACAGACUUCUUUUAAGGGGGACAUUUGAUAAGCUGGAACAGUUUUGACCAUGCAGGGGAGAGUGAGGGAUAGUCUAACCUUAGAGUCUCCUGGUCUUACAAUGAGACCCACCUUCUAUUACAAUUCCCAUCAUAUCUGGCUGAUCUUACACAAAAUGUGUUUGUUGAGGAAUAACAAGUAAUGAAUGAAUGAAUGAAUGAAUGAAGCUCAGCAGGAAAACACCUGGCCUUCAGGCAGGAGGUCAUGAACCAGACUCACCACCACCACCACACAAUAACAAGGGGAAGGGGAUAAAUGAGCAAUAA